AUGUCGCCCAUUCACGCACUUGUUACCCCUCUCUACUGGGCCGUACAGAGCGUCCUAGCCGGACAUCCGUCCGCGCCGCAAACGGCCAACUUCAGCGACUUCAUCAAGGCCCUGGAAGAGCUGGGAUUCACGCAGAGGGCCGGAGUCGCCUCCAAGAUCGUUGAGAUGGACCCACCCGCCGGGUGGGUCCCGCAGACGGGACCGCUACGCCUGUCGCGUCCCAACGUCGGAAACGCCUGGUACCCGUACGAGCACGUAGACGUCCGCAUGGAACUGGAGGAACGGUUCGGGAUCACCGGGAGCUCGUUCAUUGAGCUCCCGAACGACGCGAUCCCCAACGAACGGGGCUAUGCCAUCCCCACGCGCAAGGGGAACUAA